GCCAUUCGCCGCGCGUUACCUCCGCGCAUGCGCCCGCCUCGCGAGUGACAAGUGACAGUUUACCCCCAAAAUGGCGGCCAAUAUUUACGUGCUAUGUUUUCUACUGGCGGCCGGACUAGCGGCAGGAGCUCGCCCCAGGCCGAGGCUCCAGCAGCAAAUUGACGACCAGUACGACUACGAGCCGCAAGGACAGGAAGGAGGCGCUGGCGAUCAGGUGGUGCUAGUAUCAGCGGACGCGUACGACGCGCUGUACAGACAGAACGACAGGUUGGAUGACUACGAGCCGCGCGCGCUGCAGCGAGCGCCGGCGCGGCAGAAACUGCAGCCGCAACCCGCCCCCGAGGGACCCAAGCAGCCGCCCGUGCAGACCAUCCGGAAUUACAAUAAAGUAAACGAUGACGGCAGCUUCACAUUCGGCUAUGAGGCGGCCGACGGGUCCUUCAAGGAAGAGACGCGAGGCACUGACUGCGUUGUGCGCGGCAAGUACGGCUACAUCGACCCCGAUGGCAAUAAGCGCGAGUUCACCUACGUGUCCGGCAACCCCUGUGACCCCAAUAAGCCUAACGAAGAAGAGGAGCCCGAGGCGCCGGCCCCAGACUCCGCGGAGCGCGAUGACGGAGUGCCCAACUACCCGACUCGGCCGGCGCCCAGGCCUACGACCGCCCGACCCCCCACGACCUUCUUCCAGAACGACUUCAGGGACGCCGAUGAGGAUGAAAUUGAAGAGGAGCCUCUGCAGCAGAUCAGACCUAGAGUAGUCCAGCGCCCAGUGGCAAGACGACCUGCUUACCACGCGCAACAGGUUGCCAUCACUCCACGACCAGUGCCCAUUCCCACUUCGCCCAGAGCACUGCCGCCGCCGCCGCCCACUACUUUCAGACCGCAGCCACAGAUCCAAGUGACGCCAAAGCCUCAGAUUCAGUACAGCCCUGAGCCUAACUACUCGCCAUCUCCUUCUCCAAUUCUGACUACCGCCAGACCCUCGCAGAUUGAUUUCGCUGCUGAAUUUGCGAAAUUCCACCGCGAAAAUCAAUUGCCAGCAACCACGACAGCUACUGUUGCCACUCCCAGUAAGACCACAGCCGCUGCCGCAUCCCCCGCGCCUAGCGGAAACCCUCUGUACUCGACGGAGUUGGUAUACGACCCAUCAAGCGGACAGUACAACACUCAGCUGUUCCAAACCCUGCCACAAACCAAGGGAGAGUUGAACCUUAACCAGAGACUGCAGCCAUACGUGGCCCAACAGCAACCCCAGCAGAGGCCGUUCAUACCGUCACCCCAAAUCGCUCCCGUGCCAUCCUCGCCCGCGUCCAACGUGCCACUCUUCAGACACCAGAUCCAGCACUCGAACCCACAAGAAGUAUACCAGAGGCAGCAAUCUGAGCAGCAGUUCCAGAACUCGCAGCAGCUGUUCGCGCAGCAGCAGCAGCUGCAGCAGAGCCAGCUGCAGCGCGACCGCGCGGCGGCGCGUGCGCAGGCGCAGCGCCUGGCGGCGCAGGGGCAGGGCGCGGCCGCCGCGCCGGCGCCGCAGCGAGCGUCUCCCGCGCCGCAGUUCUACUACGUGGCGCCGCGCGGCGGCGAGUCCGUCUCCUCGGGACAGAUCGACGCGUUCCUCAGAGGACACGGCAUCCAGUUUUAAGAGUGAGCUAGGCAUCACUGUCGGCCGGUAGAAUCUGGGGUUUAAAAGGUCAUUUUGGCUUUUAUAUUAGUAAAGAUACUACGAUUCUUACUUAAAAAGUUCACGUAAGUUUAAGUGAACUUUUUUUGGUACGAAACUUAAUAGCUUUGUGUGGUUCAGCCAAAGUGUCCUUUGCCCCAGGCGCCCGGUGUCGUGUGGUGAGAGUGGCGGUGGGACAGUGGCGGCGUGGCCGUCCCGUGUACAUAACGUGUCUAAUCAGUACCUUAAAGUAAUUCUAGUAUAGAGGUUAAGUAUGAACCGAUCCGGCGCGCGAUAGUCCGCGGCGCGAUUUUGUAAAAACUCACAAAUGGUAUUUUGUACUUCUUUGUUUAUAUAAUAAAUUAUAUUUUUUAUAAUAUAGAAA